AUGUCUCAUGUAUUAUAUACUUUCGUCGCUGUAAUAUUUUGUGAAUAUGUCAUCAGUGAACCAACAACAAGAGUAGAGACACAAUGUGGACUCGUGGAAGGAAAAUAUAAUGGUGAAGGAUAUGCCUUUCGUGGCAUUCCAUACUCACUGCCGCCCACUGGAAGUAGACGAUGGAAGCCGCCUGUUCCACUCAACAAGGCGUCUGGAAACUGUUGGGAUGGAACAUUCCAAGCUUUUAACUAUGGAAAUACAUGUAUGCAGAGAAAUCCGGAAAACCGGUCAACUAUUUUAGGAAGUGAGGAUUGUCUUUACCUCAAUGUAUGGACACCAACUAUUAAUAGUAGUGCUAACCUACACGUAAUGGUCUGGAUCCACGGAGGAAGUUUACAAGAUUCUAACGCAAAUUGGCCAACUUAUUGCCCCUCAGAGGAGCUAGCACGUGACACUAAUAUAGUUUAUGUGGGUAUGAACUACCGCCUCAACGCGUUUGGUUUUAUGGCCCUGACAAUGCUAUCAGAACAGUCUCUGACCAAGACUUCGGGUAACUACGGAUUCAUGGACCAAAUCCUGGCCCUCAGAUGGGUUCGGGAUAAUGUCAGGAACUUUGGGGGAAACCCAGAUUCAGUCACGCUUUUCGGACAAAGCUCUGGAGGAACAAGUAUUGUAGCAUUGUUGGCUUCGGAACCAGCCAGAGGUUUGUUCCACAAAGCGUGGAUGCUUAGCGCCUCAGCAGUCUUCAACAAAACAUCACAUGACGCUUCCAAAGAUAAUCUUGUCUUCGUGAAAAACACCGGUUGUAUAAAUGUCACGUGCCUAUAUGCCCUUCCUGCCUUAGAAGUCAUCAAAGCUGUUCCAUGGGAAGAGUAUCCGUCUUGGGGAAUGACUGACCAAGGUGACCUUCCAACAAAGAACCACUUUGAUGGUGCAAUAUCUGUUGUAGACGGAGAUGCUGUCACUUAUCCUCCUUACCAGGCCUGGAAAAAAGGUAUCGCUAUAGAUGUACCAUUGAUGAUUGGUACUACUGCGAAUGAGAUUGAUUGUUCUCCAACUCUUUUGACUGUAAACACGUGGAACUGGACCGAGUACCAACGCCAAGUAAAAAGCCAUUUGGGGACGUUUGGGUCUGACUUAGCUGACGAUGCAUUGAAAUUAUACCCAAUUAAUGUAACGUCAGCGGAAUAUGAGUAUACACUGAUGGGUGCAGACAUUCGAGUGGGUUGUCCGAAUGACAAAAUGUCUAAAGCUAUCAGUAUUGGUAUGAAAUCACCGGUAUAUAGAUACGUCGUGACGUCACAGCCUUCAAAACCUGUUCACGUAUUCGGAAAGCCUUUUCCGUCAUCGUAUUCCUUCCAUAUGUGGGACAUGUUUGCAUAUUUUGAUACAAUCAAAGACUAUAUCAAGCCACCAGCUCCCUCUGAUCGACGAUUUCAAGAGAUGGUCAGACGGGAAGUUCUUUCUUUUGUUCGCACCGGUGCACCCUCUACCGCAGACUGGCGGCCAUAUUCACAAGGUGUGACCGCACUUUUGUCUGAGGAUGUUUCCGCUGCUAACCAAUACAAGAGUAAAACAUGUUCGUUUUGGUCCGUAAACGGUUUGCUAGAUUACGGAUGGAUAAACUGAUUGCCUACGAAGAUCAUUUGUCGUUUUGUUUAACGUUUGUUUCUCCGUAUAUCAAAUCAAUAAAAUGCAUUCUACUGUU